AUGGAGAACCUAAUAGAGAAACUAAUCACUCUCAAAACCUGCGACGACGUCGUUUUCGAAAUCGAACCACCAUUGGUAAAGAACAUGAAGGCUUUGCAUCCUCUCGUUGAUGAAGACGGCGUUAAACUCUCCGUCAUUCCUCUUCCCAAUGUUUCCAGCAACCACAUGACGAUGAUCAUGGAAUACCAUCGUCUCUCUGACGACGGUAAAGUCAAGGAAUUCUCCGUCGAGAAACUGGAUAACGAAGAGUUGAAGGAUUUUCUUCUCGCAGUGCAUUAUCUGAACAUGGAAGCGCUUUUCGAGUUUCUUACUCAGGCGGUUGCUGAUCGGAUCGAGAAUAGGAGCGUUCGUUACGUCCGGGAGUAUUUUGGGAUCGAGAACGAUUUCACGCCGGAGGAAGAGGCGGCUGUCCGUGAGAAGAAUGCCUGGAGUUUUAUUGGCAAGGACAUUGAACCCGAGGAGUGA